AAAGGGCCCAGCAGCAGCGGAAGGGGCGUGGCCAGCUGUGGUGCUCAUUGAAUUGGGUCCCUCCUUGCUGGCUUUUUGCCGCAGCCUCCGUCCAGAUCCGUCGAGCUGGCUUUUCCCUGAGCCUUGGAGAUGGGCCGGUGACCUCCUCCCCUAAGAGAAACUGGAUGGCUUCCAAUUUGAGUCUGAAUCUGGCUAAAGAAAAAUUGUUGGAAGAUGGAGUUCCGCCUGCAAAGAAACCCAGGAAAUUGUUACCGAGUCUGAAAACGAAAAAGCCGCAGGAGCUGGUGCUGGUGAUUGGGACGGGCAUCAGUGCGGCGGUGGCUCCUCAGGUGCCAGCCUUGAAGUCUUGGAAAGGACUCAUCCAGGCCCUCCUUGACGCUGCCGUUGACUUCGACCUUCUCGAAGACGAGGAGAGGAGGAAAUUUCAGAAGUGUCUCCGUGACGAUAAGAACCUUAUCCACGUGGCUCACGACCUUAUCCAGAAACUGUCGCCGCGCACAAGCAAUGUCCGCUCUACUUUUCUCAAAGACUGCUUAUAUGAAGUGUUCGACGACUUGGAGUCCAAAAUGGAAGACACCGGGAAGCAGCUCCUUCGGUCAGUGCUCCACUUGAUGGAGAAGGGGGCUCUUGUCCUGACCACGAACUUUGACAACCUGCUGGAAAUUUAUGCCACGGACCAAGGGAAGCAGCUUGAAUCGCUUGACCUUACGGACGAGAAGAAGGUCUUGGAGUGGGCCCAGGAGAAGAGGAAGCUUAGUGUCCUCCACAUACAUGGUGUGUACACAAAUCCCAGUGGCAUCGUGCUCCAUCCGGCCGGCUACCAGAAUGUGUUACGCAACACAGAAGUCAUGCGGGAGAUCCAGAAAUUGUAUGAAGCCAAAUCUUUCUUGUUCCUGGGUUGUGGCUGGACUGUGGAUGAUACCACCUUCCAAGCCCUCUUCCUCGAAGCUGUGAAGCACAAGUCAGACCUGGAGCAUUUCAUGCUUGUGCGCCGCGGAGAUGUGGACGAGUUCAAGAAACUCCGGGAAAACAUGCUGGACAAAGGGAUCAAAGUGAUCUCAUAUGGAGAUGAAUACACAGACUUGCCAGAGUAUUUUGAGAGACUCACAAAUGAGAUCUCCAACCAGUGUCAUCCAGGUAUACCCCAGGAGGGACAAUUAAAUGGCACUGAUGGAGCGCACGCUGAAAUCAAAGGAACGGAGCUCACUUAAUGCUCAAAAGCCCCUAAGGUCAGCUGGAAAGACAAGUCUUGUUAAGCUGUAAGUUACCAUUGACAUGGACAUUCAUAAUGGCUCAAGACUUAACAGGUUGUAUCUUGGAAAACAUGGAAGUUCCUUAAAAAGGACGUCAUAGAUGCCUCUUUUAAAAACACGUCACAUUACAGGGGCCCAUCUGAUGCCAGCAGAAGUGAGCCGUGGUUGUAAUUAGUUACUUCUUACUCCAGAUUGACAAAGAUGGAUUUGAAGGGGAAGUUAUUUUUAAAGGGAAUAUCUUUGUACUGCAAUUUAACUUGGCAUGAGUAAAGGACUUGGUCAGGCAUAAAUGAAGAAAGUUGUUGGCAGCUAAUGUCAGCUUAAACAGAUAUGAUAAGGAUAUCCUUGCAGAGUGAUGCUUAGCAAGUUUGCAUCCAAUGGGACAGAAGAGAUACUACUCCAGGCUAGUAACUCAGUUAACUGACCAACUGGGUUCAGAAACAGGAAGCACAAGUGACUUUGGUGGCUCUUGUCCUCUGAUGGCUGCAACAUGUCCACCAUAGAAAGGCCCCUAAGGCUUAUUUGCAUCAGAGGAUGUGGUUUUUAUCUGGGAUGUAGCAAAUAACCAUGCAAAAUAAUUCAAUAGAAAUUGCAUGUCCCUUCAUGAUGCUGUUUAGCCUUCCAUCCAUCACCCAUCUGCAUGAUUGAAUAUCUGAAGUCUUUCUUAGAAUAUUGUUCCACAGAUCCAACAAUAAAUGAAGGUUAUUUUUGUUGAAGGUUGACGUGGAAAUAUAGAGUAUGGUUAAGUCUCUGUGCAGUUAGCAAGGGGUUCUUCCAUGAGCGAGUUUAUGUGCCUUUUUCAAGCAUCCCUUUUCCAAGACCUGCUUGUCUCCCUUUUAAUCUGAUGUUUUGAUAUCAACCCUCCACCCAGAGGUCCACAGGUUUUGUUAGGAUGUCUCCUAUUGCCUUUGGAUUUAAGGCCAGUGCCCUUAGAUCACUUCUGAAGCUACUAACUCGGUUCAAGGCAAGAUCACAAAGCACUUCAUCUGCAGCUUUACUGGUUAGCUCGUGCCUGAAAUGCAAUGCAAGAAGUUGGCAGCUUCAAGCGAGACAUAUCAUUCUCGAGGCCACUCGGAGAACUAAAAUCAAGCAAAUAUUUUCUUGGCACCUUGUUCUUGUGAGGGCCUAUCUUGUUUUCUUGCUCUUCUGAAACAAAUGAUUUGAAGAACUUGACCCUGCACUUCUUGGACCCUUCUAAUGUUGGACAUGAGGAUUGUCUUAUCAGUGUGAUGUUUUCUAUUUAAGGCUGUAUGUACAGAGAGAUCCAUCUUCUCCCUUUAUGGAAGAGUUUGCUACUAGUGCUUUUUGUAUUCUGCAAGACUGAAACAUGAGUGUUUUAAAAAUUACCUUUUUAAAAUCUUGUUUUAUAUGUUAGAAGCUGUAAUAAAAUAAUGCUUUUAGACAGA